CCUUCACGCGGCGCGCGGCGCAGAGGCUGCCGACUGCCGAUCUGCCGCGGCGAGUGGCGGCGCGGGACGACGAGCGAGGUCGCGUGUGCGGUGGCGCGCGCGUCGUGGUCGGCGCGUGGCGGAAGUGCCUCCUUUGGCGCCGCGGCACGCGAGGCUCGAGGCUGCCCUUCCCCAAGAUCUGCGAGGCAAAACAGAAAACGCGGUCACGUGCCGGCGGAUUGCACGGCGCGGUCGCGUCCGCGCUGCCCCGGGAAGCCCACGAGGAGCCCUCGGCACCCUUAAGCAGCUGCCGCCGUUGCGCGCGCUGCCGCCUCGCUCCGUGCCGGCGGAUUUCGCGGCCAUUCGCGUCCGCUGCCCCGUGGAGCCCACGCGGCCCUUAAGCAGCUGCCCGCCGCCGUUGCGCGCGCUGCUGCCUCCGCGCUCCCGCCGAUAACAUGGGCUACGCCGACCUCAUCGCGCGCGAGCGCAUGCCCGACCGGAUGGUCGACGUCGAGCUGGCCCACAGCCAGUCCCAGAAGGGCAUGGGCCUCGGCUUCUACCGCGCCGGCGCGGGCAACGACGCCGGCCGCGGCAAGUGGGACAUCGUCGGCGAGCACAUGCAGAUCCUGAGCGUGGCGCUCGCGCCCGGCGAGCAGCUGGAGUCGGAGCCGGGGGGCAUGAUGUACAUGUCCGACGGCGUCAAGGCCGAGGCGGACUUUUCGUGCCCGGGGGCCUGCGUCCGCUGCAGCGCAUAAAUCAAAUGGUCGCGGCGCGUCUCCGCCACUGCUGGAUCAUGACCUCCACGCCAUCGACGCGACGCCAGCUCGAUGGCGUGGCGGUGUGGUCGUUUACCGCUCGUUCCAGCCAGCACGGCCGCUUUCUCGCCGAGAAAGGACUUAGUGAAGAGUUAUUGUGCACCCGGCUCACUGUUUGAUUUGCGCACAGGUCCGCUGCCUCGGGGGCGAGAAGUGCGUGCUGAUGCACUACAAGAACGCGGGAGGGAAACCGGGCUUCGUGGGUAUCACGCCGGCCCGGCCGGCCGACAUUGUGGCCCUGGACUGUGUGGAAAUCAGCCAGUGCGACGGGUGCACCCGGCAAUUCUUCGCUAAGUCAUUUCUCGGCGAUGACGCGGCGGUCCUGGCUCUGUCGAGCGGUGAGGAACCGGCAUCACCACGCCAUCGAGCAGGCGUCGCGUCGAUGGCGUGGAGGACGACGCAACGAUUCAGCGCGAACGCGCCGUAAAAUUUUGAUUUCCACACAGGCCCUGGAUCUCGCCACCUACGGCAACAAGAUUUCCGCCCGGUCGGGCGCGUACCUCACGUCCAUCGACGGGGCCACGCCGGGCUGCGAGCCCGAGCUCAAUCCCCUGCUCUGCUGCUGCGCGGGCUUCGGCUGCAUACGCCAGGUCAUCGAGGGGACGGGCACCGCCUUCGUCGAGGCCUCGGGGACCGUGGAACGGAAAGCGCUCAAGGCGGGCGAAAAGCUCGUGCUGGACUCCGCUUCGCUCGUCGCGUACAGCGACGCCGAGCUCGGCGUGCAGAUGGUGCCCACGUGGUACGCCUGCUGCUUCAACGGCGAGGGCAUGUGCUACACGACGCUGACGGGCCCGGGCACGGCGUGGGUCCAGUCGAUGCCCUGGGCGCGGUUCAAGAAGCACAUGAGCGUCACAAUCCAGCUGGACAAGGACGGCAACGUGAAGAACGUGGGCGGGCCCCCGGCGGCGGAGAUGGCGCGUAAUUAGUUUCCCUAUGA